AUGUAUCUACAAAAAACACCUUCUUUUCUUUUUUCAUUGUACACUCUAGAUUUGCGGUGGAAAAUGAAAUAUAUUUUACUCGGUUGGAUAAGCGCAUUUGUUUACUGGUUCGAGCAUUUUGGUGAUCUCUUGCAUAUUUUUUGUGCACCGGUGUGCACCACGUCACCAGGUAGUUUUACGGACUUUAUUUUUACCGAAGCUGCCGAAGCUUUUUAUGCGAGUUUACUCAUGUCUGCUUAUAGUGCCACACUUUUCACAUGUCCCUUAGCGUUUUAUUUUUUUAUCAUUUUUUUCCGGCCGAGUUUAUUUACCGCGGAAAGUAAACUUUAUCAGCAACGAAUUUUGGGGAGUCUUCUUUUUCUGUAUCUUACGAAUACCAUGGUUUUGCGGGUACUCCUGCCUAUUAUUUGGGAUUUUUGGGGUGGUUUUGCAAUAAACCAAAGAAAAAUGUCUUUUCUUCAACCAACCUUGGGAUUGUCACCAAAAAUUUUGCCUUAUAUUUUUCUAGUACUUUCUUGUUUUGUGGUCGUUUUUGUUUUCAGUCAAUUGCCGUUACUCAUGACCGUUUUUUCUCCAGAGAGUGGGCUAAACCCUGAAAAUUUUUACAAACGACGUUCGUUUUGGUAUUUUGUGCUCAUUUUAGUUGCCUCAUUUUUGUCCCCCCCUGAUUUUUGGUUACAAUUUUCUAUUGCUUUUUUUCUUUGUAGUUUGUUUGAAUGUUUGGUUUUACUUACUUUUUGUACGGCUUUAUAUAAGGAUACAGACUCCUUUGCAUAG